AUGUCUACUGAGCUCAAAGACUUUCCUGUCCCUGCUGGGAAAGCAUCCGACGAAAAGGCUACCCUCAAAACGGAGGUAAAUGAGCUCGACGAGAAGGAGGGCAUUACUCUGCCGCCAUCACCAGGGUAUGCAAUUUCCGACGAGAACAAAUAUUCGACCAAAUAUUUGACUACUGUCAUGGUUGGGAUUUGGCUGGUAACAUUUGCGACCGGAUUCGAAAUACAGGUCCUGACUCCGCUGCUGCUGUAUGUCUACAGCAACUUUCGAGCCCACUCGCUCAUACCCACUGCGAUCAUCGUCUCGAGUAUCGUCGGCGUUGUUUCCAGGCUUCCUCUGGCAAAGAUAAUGGACAUCUGGGGUCAUGACGUGGGCUUUGCGCUGGCGCUCGUGAGUUUCACUAUAGCUGCGUCUGUAUUUCUCUGGAUGGACUAUGACAUGCUGUCGUACGUCAUGUUUGUGGUCAUUGCCGACCACUUCCCUUUGUCAACCCACAGUGUUAUGUUUGGCCUGUAUCAAACGCCAUGGUUUAUUACAACUUGGAUCGGUGCUCCCGCCGCGACCGCUUACCUCGAAGGCGCCGGCUGGAAAUGGGCCUUUGGCACCUUUGCCAUUAUAUGUCCGAUCACUGGGAUACCACUGUUCGGCUUGCUUAAUUGGAAUCGCAGGAGUAUCGGUCUCCUUCUUAUUGCUGCAGGAUUUUCUCUGUUCCUGUUACCAUUCAGUCUCUACACAAGACAAGCAAAGGGCUGGUCGUCACCAAUGAUCAUCUGCAUGGUCAUAUUUGGAGGUGUAUUGAUGGGCUUGUUUGUGCUCUGGGAGAAGUAUCUCGCUCCCAAGUCCCUCAUCCCUUUCUCACUUCUCAAGAAUCCGACCAUCAUUGGGGCGAGCUUCUCAUAUGCCGAAACAUACUUGGUGUACACUACUUGGUACAGCUAUUUUUCUUCUUCUCUCCAAGUGGUCCAAGGUCUGUCGGUUAAGGGCCGGGCUAUCGGAUCAACCAUAUCUGCCUCAAUCUGGACCAGCACAUUUCUCAAGUCCCUAGCUAAGAACCUCCCGUCAAGUGUACAGUCCAGCGCCAUGACCAUAUACAGCAGCAUCUACGCCCAGCUGUCGUAUAAGCCUAGUAGUUCUGAGAGGACUGCGAUCGCCCUCAAUUACAACCAAGCAAUGCAAAACCUUUUCAUCACCACGACGGCGAUGACAUCGAUCGGAAUUAUUUCCACCAUCAUCUGGAGAGACGGCAAAGUCGAUGCUAAGAAGCAGGCCGCCGUAUAUCCAAUUUGA